CGGGGACGCCACCUCCUUGGUGUCGUGACUUUCGGACGCCACAGUCGCCAUUUUGCUUGCAAAAAGCACUACUGUUAGGUGGGAGUUGGGGAUCAGUCGUGUCACAGUUGGUAUGGCUACCGCUGAUUCAACGCAGAUGCUGCGAGUGGCGGUGGUAUGCUCGAGCAACCAGAACCGGAGCAUGGAGGCGCACAACAUCCUCAAUAAAAGGGGGUUCCGUGUCCGUUCCUUUGGAACGGGAACCCACGUGAAGCUCCCGGGACCAGCACCCGACAAGCCAAAUGUUUAUGAUUUUAAAACUACCUACGACCAGAUGUACAAGGAUCUCAUUCGGAAGGAUAAAGAUCUCUACACGCAGAAUGGCAUUUUACAUAUGCUGGAUAGAAAUAAGAGGAUCAAGCCCCGCCCGGAAAGGUUCCAGAAUUGUAAGGAUGUUUUCGAUCUGAUCCUUACCUGCGAAGAGAGAGUGUACGAUCAGGUGGUGGAAGAGAUGACUUCGAGAGAGCAAGAAACCUGCCAGCCGGUGCAUGUGAUCAACGUGGAUAUCCAAGACAACCUUGAAGAAGCCACCCUGGGGGCAUUCCUCAUCUGUGAGCUGUGCCAGUGCCUUCAACACACUGACGACAUGGAUAACGACAUCGACGAGCUGCUGCAGGAGUUCGAAGAAAAGAGCGGCAAAGCCUUCCUGCACACGGUCUGCUUCUACUAACCGGCCUGACCUGGCCUGGCUUUGGGCCCACCGCCCACCCUCAAGAAGCCAUCUUUCUGAGCUUCCUUUUGUUAGUACGUUGAACCUCCUGAUGUUUGACUUUACUUAUAGGUACUCUCCUGGCGGCGGGUGGCUAGUAUACGCAAUAAAUUGUAGUUACUAAAUGAGAAGAUACACAGCAACGCCAGAUUAAAAACUGAAGUUUUUUUUUUCCGCCCACUUUUACUUGUGAGGGGGAUGGUGAUUAUAAAGUUUUUUUUUCUUUAAUCCCGCCCCCCAAAAAAACAAUGGUUCGUAGUACAUUUAUCCCGUAUUAACUAUGGUUUUCACUGUGGUUCCUUCCCCUUCCCCCCAACUUUCUGAAAGGUACAAGUAACCUGAAUAAAGUAAUGGGUUUUAUCUUAUUAGAAAAGAACUUGCAAUUGUCUAGUAAAUAUA